AUGGGAUCCAAGAACCACGAUAUUGUCCCAACGUCGCUCAUAACUCAGAUUUCUGGUCUCCGAAGUCCAUCUGCUGUAAAUAGAUGUAUUGCAGAGCUGGCUAAAAUCAAACUCAUUGGAAGAGUGCGUAAUGCAAAGUACGAUGGCUAUAGAUUGAGUUAUCAUGGAUACGACUAUCUAGCAUUGAAAGCAUUGGUUAAGAGAGAUUCAGUUUUUGGUGUUGGAAGCCAAAUUGGUAUCGGCAAAGAGUCUGAUAUUUUUAUGGUCGCAGAUACAAACGGUAAACAGAAUGUGUUAAAAGUUCACAGAUUGGGAAGAAUCUCAUUCCGAACCGUUAAGAACAAUAGAGACUAUCUUCGAAACAGACAGAGUGCCAGUUGGAUGUAUCUUUCGAGACUUGCAGCUCAAAAAGAAUUUGCAUUCAUGAAGGCUCUGUAUGAUUCCGGGUUCUCAGUUCCUGUGCCUAUUGAUCAAUCGAGGCAUCAAAUUGUCAUGUCAUUAAUUGACGGAUUUCCAAUGAGACAACUCAGAUCUCACAGUAAUCCUGGAAGACUUUAUUCUACUUUGAUGGAUUUCAUUGUUCGGUUGGCUUCAUAUGGGUUAAUUCACUGUGAUUUCAACGAGUUCAACAUCAUGGUUAGAGAAAAGUUCGAUAAGCCAGAAGAAGAGGUUGUUAUCAUUGACUUUCCACAAUGUAUAUCCAUUUCACAUGUUGAUGCUCAACGAUACUUUGAGAGAGAUGUUGAUUGUAUUCGAAGCUUUUUCGAGAAGAAACUGAAUUAUGUUUCCGACGACUAUCCAAGAUGGGAUAAGGAUGUGAAGAGAGUGGAGAAUUUAGAUUUACUAGUAGAAGCAUCAGGAUUCAGUAAGAAACAAGUGAAAGAUCUUGAGGCUGCUAUGCAGCUGUCCAGAGAAACUUUUGGUGAAGAUGAAUUUGUAGAGGGUGAGGGAAAUGAUGAGGAUGAGGCAGAUGAAGAGCAAAACGGGGAAGAUGGUGAAGAAAGAGGAGAAGAAGAGGAAGAAGAUGAUGAUGAUGAAAAAGAAGAAGAAGAUGAUGAUGAUGAAGAGGAAGAAGAAGAGGAAAGUGAGGACGAGGUGAAUGAAGAGGAUGAGCUGCAGGAGAGAAUCAAUGCCGAAAUCGCUCGAAAAGGCAUUGAAAACAUGAAAAUGGACAAACUCGGCAACUAUAUACUUGACGAUUAA